AUGAUACUUGAGAUUAUAAAAAUUAUGAAACCUUGCUUUGAUAAUAAAGCUUAUUUUUAUGAAAUUAUUGGGUCGAUUUAUUUAGAACUUUCAGAUUUCAGAAACUCAACUAAGAAUUUUUGGAAAUCUAUAAAAAUAUGCAAUAAAACCAAAAGCAGUAUGUUUAUGCUAUAUUUCAAUUUAUUUCAAGCUUAUUAUUUACUAAAAAGAGACAUGAAAACAGCUCUCAAGAUGAUUACUAAUGCAAAAUCUUGUUUAGGCCUCUUACUUCUGAGCCAUACAUAUUACAAGACUGCGUAUUUUGCUCUUAUAAACGUUUAUUAUAAUAUGCAUUUAUAUGAAGACGCUCUAGAAUGCUAUGAAAGAAUAAAAAAUUACUGCACAAGCUUUGAAUUGCGAAAUAUAAAAUUUAUAGUUGGGGAUAUUUAUUUAUGAAAGGAAAAUUAUGAUAAAGCAUUAGAAAUUUUUACUGAGAUCAAAGAGCAUUUACUAACCUUGCCUGAAGCCAAUAAUAGUUUGCUAUUUGUUGUAAGCGCAUUUAUCGGAGAAUUGCUUUACAGAAAAGGAAACAUGGAGGGUGCUUUUAAUUCCUUCUCAAACUGUUUCAGAAUAAUCUACUCUUAUAAACAUUCUGAAGUUAAUGAUAACUUGCUCCCAUUCUAUAAGGUUUUUCAAUUUUUCUUAAAAAUAUCUGAUUAUGAGAAAUGUGAGAUAAUUGUAUCUCAAGCAAUUAAAUUAUUAGAAAAUAAGGUCCACAGAAAGGAUGACUUGGCUCUAUUUCUAAUCCUUAAGGCGAAAAUACUUAUAUUUAAGAAAUUGAUACAAGAAGCAGAGCUCUGCUUAAUAAAUGCAGAAGAAAUAUUAAACUUAGAAAAAAUUAUAUCUUGUCAACAUAGAAAUCUCGACCCUAAUCGUAUAAAUCAAAGUCUAAUUUGGACAGGAAUUACAGAAGUUUACAUUAAUUUAAAUAAAGAUGAAUAUUAUUUAAAGGCAGAAAAGACUUUAAAAUAUUUAGAAGCAAGCUAUAGUGUAAGCCAUUUAGACGAUUGAAGUAAUAUAGCAAAUAUGUACGCAUUAUUUGGAAUUCUAUAUUGCAGGCAAGAAAAGUGAAACGAGUCCAAGAAAUUCCUUGAAAAAGUACUAGAUAUAAGCAGGAAGCAUAGAGGCUGCUAUGAUAAUGAUGAAUUCAUAAAAAAGUUAUAUAUGAGCAUAGAUGAUGCUAGCUAA